AUGCCAGCACGUGCUUCAACCAUCGUAUACUAUUUAUUUGGUUAUAUUGGAUGGUGGGCUAAUCAUUUGACAUGGUUAACAUAAAAAAUAAACGUAUACAUCAAUAUGGAACGUGAAGGUGCUCCUGAACCAGGUUUUUUCAAUGCUAUUCGUCGUGAAGAAGGAAAAAUUGAAGGUGAAUUUCGAGAUAUAGAAAGAAGUCAUGAACAACGUGAAGCUGAUAAAUAUGAAAAUCGUGCUGAUAAAUAUGAACGAAAAGAAGAAGAAGAUUUCAAUCAAGGACGUUUUCCAUAA